AUGGAAGCGAAGCCAGACUCCCGAGCAUCGUCGCCGAGUGUAGGCUCCGAUCGCAUAGACAAAGGCUCCUUCAGCCUCCUCUCUGAACCAACUGCCCCGAAUUCUUCGAAGGGAAACAUCAAUGGCGUGCAGGUCCAAGGAUCCCAGCCGUACCAAUUCGAAAGUUCUUCAAGUAACUGGAACGUUGGACAAGGCCCUAACCCUUCAGUCCGCUCAUCUAGUCGAGCGCCCAGAAGGCUCAGUGGGAGCACGGCUGCAAGCUCCAUCAGUGAAGCUGAAGUCUCCGGAACACCGCACCUUGGAAGAAUUGGUGUCUGUGCAUUGGACGUGAAAGCUCGCAGCAAGCCUAGCCAAAACAUAUUGACGCGUCUUCAGUCCAAAGGUGGAUUCGAAGUAAUUGUCUUUGGUGACAAGGUGAUCCUCGACGAAGCUGUAGAGAAUUGGCCUAUCUGCGAAUACCUGAUAGCAUUCUUUUCUGAUGGGUUUCCGCUGGACAAAGCUAUCGCAUAUGCAAGACUUCGAAAGCCAUUUUGUGUCAAUGAUCUUCCCAUGCAGAAGGUAUUAUGGGACCGGCGUCUCUGCUUGAAGAUACUAGAUCAGAUGAGCGUCCCGACACCCAAGAGACUGGAGGUUAACCGAGACGGAGGGCCUACCCUGGAAUCCCCAGAACUCGCCGAGCAUGUAUAUAAUCUGACAGGAAUGAAACUCGAGGGUCCCAGUGACGGCACUGGUGGAGGAGCCUCGAGAACAAUGAACGUGAGGAUAUCUGACGAUGGCGAUUCUCUUAUUGUUGACGGCAAGGUUUUCAGAAAACCUUUCGUUGAGAAGCCAGUAAACGGGGAAGACCACAAUAUUCAUAUAUACUUCCCCAAUGACCAGCAAUAUAGUGGCGGUGGUAGAAGGCUAUUUCGAAAGGUCGGGAACAAAAGCUCCGAAUACGACCCCGACCUUACCGUCCCCAGAUCAGUCACAGAAACGGAUACAAGCUACAUCUAUGAACAGUUCCUGAGGGUCGAUAAUUCAGAGGACGUCAAAGCCUAUACAGUCGGUCCAGAUUUCUGCCAUGCAGAGACGCGGAAGUCUCCUGUGGUUGACGGACUCGUUCGCCGCAAUACCCAUGGAAAGGAGCUCAGGUAUAUAACAAAACUGAGCAAGGAUGAAGCAGCCAUUGCUUCUAAAAUAUCAAAUGGAUUUGGCCAGAGGAUAUGCGGGUUCGACAUGCUUCGCGUGGGGGAGAAAAGUUAUGUGAUUGACGUUAACGGCUGGAGCUUUGUCAAAGACAACAAUGACUAUUACGACAGAUGCGCUGCUAUUCUGAGAGACACUUUCCUGAAUGAAAGGCGCAAACUCGAAGGAAUCAUUGAGCCCGUCGAUGCUAUUCCUGCUGAUUCUGGACAUUCUUGGAGACAUUCCAUGUCUCACAGACACACCCUGAAGACCCUUUUGAAAUCCCCAAGUGCAUCGAAGCUUCAUGGGAGCCAAGCGGGCUUAAGAAGUUCUGACACAGGCUCGUCUGAUUCCAUUGUUUCGCGACCAAUAACUUCAUCAUCCGCGGAGAAGGUCGACAAUGGAAACGGCCAUGUAAACCCUAGUGGGCUCGAUAAACUCGCGCACCCCAAGAUCUAUACUUCGCAGAACUCUAAGUCGUCAAUAUUACCAGUGGAUCUACCUACCGAGGGCCUGCCGCCGCCGCCGCCGCCGCCAGCUUCGAAACACUCAUGGAAGCUCAAGGGAAUGGUAGCAGUCAUUAGACACGCAGAUCGCACACCCAAGCAGAAGUUUAAAUUUACGUUUCACAGCCAGCCUUUCAUUGACUUGCUCAAAGGCCAUCAAGAAGAGGUAGUGAUAAAGGGUGAGGCUGCAUUGGCAAGCGUUUCGGAUGCGGUCAAGGUUGCCAUGGACCGGAAUCUUGAAGAUAUGGACAAGUUAAAGCUGCUCCGAACGUCACUUGAGAAGAAAGGUGGCUGGCCAGGGACUAAGGUCCAAAUCAAACCAAUGUUUCGCAAGCGGAAGCCAGAAGAGCUACGCGGGCAGACUUCGUCGGUCCUCCCGACAUCCCCUUCUGAGCCACCGCAGCAUGAAUUACUUGUAUCUACGCAAGACCAGCAUUCCGCAGAAAAUGAUCAACUCAGUCGACCUCAAACGCGGAGUGACUCGAUAUCCGGUGCAACCUUUUCGAGAUUCUCUGCCGCAGAAAACGACCUGAUCCUAGACAAACUCCAACUCGUGAUCAAGUGGGGUGGGGAACCAACACAUGCAGCACGCUAUCAAUCGCAGGAUUUAGGGCUUAACAUGCGUGAUGAUCUGAAGCUCAUGAACAAGGAAGCAUUGAAUAAUGUCCGCAUAUAUACAAGCUCUGAACGGAGAGUGAGCACGAGUGCCCAAAUAUGGGCUUGCUCCUUUCUCGAUCAGAAGGAGCUUCCCGAAAAUUUCAUACAAGUCCGAAAAGAUCUUCUGGACGACUCGAAUGCUGCGAAGGAUCUCAUGGAUAAGGUGAAAAAGAAGCUAAAGCUCCUUUUAAGGGAAGGAUCCGCGCCCUCGCAGUUUACGUGGCCAAAGGACAAUAUCCCGGAACCAUCAGUCGUGCUAGCUACUGUCGUUGAACUGAUGAAGUUUCAUCGGGAUGUUAUGAGACACAAUUUCCGCAGAUUUGACGAGUCAUCGUCUCAGCCUUCUGGGACAGAUGAAAUAGAUGACGGCUGCCCAUCCUUCCAGCCUAACACAGGAUGCGAAAAGCCUUCUUUGUCUUCCAUUCAAGGAAGAUGGUGUACAGGUGAAGAUCCCAUGCUUUUCAAAGAACGAUGGGAGAAGCUUUUUGCCGAAUUUUGCGAUACGGAGAAGGUUGAUCCCAGUAAACUUUCUGAGCUCUACGACAGCAUGAAGUUCGAUGCCCUUCAUAACCGACAAUUCUUAGAAUGGGUCUUUAUGCCACCCGAUAGCGACGAUAGUGAAGACGAAAAGCACCAUUAUGGCUCGAAGAAUACCAGACGAGAUGAUUCUGUCAGUCCUAACAAUGAGAGUGACGAUGAUAAAAAUGAAGAACAAACAGAAGGCUCCAUUUUUGCCCAUCGGUUCGGAUGGAAGAAGCGCAUGCAUGCAUUCGAACUAAUGCCACACUUCAGAGCACUUGAUGACAGUUACGACCACUAUUUCAAGUUGUAUCCAGGCUCCAGCUCAACGAAGGCUAAGAUUGAUGGGAGACUUUCGAAACUGAGGGAGCUAUAUAAACUGGCCAAGGUACUUUUUGAUUAUGUGACACCGCAGGAAUAUGGGAUAACGGACACGGAGAAAUUGGAGAUUGGCCUUUUGACAUCCUUGCCACUCCUUCAAGGAAUAGUGAGGGAUUUGGAAGAGGUCCAGGCUUCGCCUGACGCAAAGUCUUUCUUCUACUUCACGAAGGAGUCACACAUUUAUACUCUCCUAAACUGCAUCUUAGAAGGGGGGAUACAGACCAAGAUAGCCAGGACUGCCAUUCCCGAGCUGGACUACUUAUCUCAGAUCUGCUUCGAGCUCUAUGAGGCCAAGGACUGUGAAUCUUCAACAAAUUCCUACUCGAUUCGGAUAUCAAUAAGCCCUGGUUGUCAUGCUUUUGAUCCACUGGACGUGCAACUCGAUUCCCGGCAUGCCAUUGGAUGUGCACCAAGGAGGAGCUUGACUGCCCAUCAGGACUGGAAAGAGGUUAUCGAGACCUUGAAGGCGAGAUUCGACACAGUAAAGCUUCCCAAGACAUUCAUCGCAGUGAACCUUAGUGAUAAGCACGGAUCACACUCUUGA